UUUCAGAAACUCAAACAAAUCAAAAAUGGAUGCGCUACAAGCGUAUGGCGGUAGCGACAGUGAACACUCAGAUGAUGACGCCAGCAUGGAUCAGGUCGCAAAAGGAAAAUCAUCGACAUUGCUGGAAAGAGCCAUAGUCACUGCUCCGGACGUUGAGUCGAAAAGUGCAAUUCGACAAGUAGCGAUUGUAGAUCCAAAGACUAAAGAGAUUAAAUCAAAUCCAAAAUUUGAUCAGCUCUUCAAGCCAGAAUCUGGGCCAGUAAAUCACUUUAAAUCAGAGCAACAAAGAUCACAAAAGAACACAUUGACAGGAUUCGUCGAGCCUGCACAUCUCAAUGAAUUUCAUUUUAAUCGACAAAUUCGAAGCUUUGAUACUCUUGGGUACGCUCAGAAUCCGACUGCCGAAUCCGGUACAACUCAUUUCGUGGGAGACGUCAAAAAAGCAGAAGCCGAGAAAGGAGUUUCACUUUUUGAAUCGAAAAAGACUGGCGGGGAGAAGAGAAAACGAGUUAGAAAUGAUGAUUCAGCAGAUAUUGAUGGAUAUACUGGACCAUGGAGUCGAUUUAUUGAUGAAAAGACAGUCGCUAAACCAACACCAGAACUUCAGAAACAAAUGGAUGAAAUUGUGAAGAAGAGGCAAGAAAAAAGCAGGCGAUUCAAGAAAGAAAAGGAGGAUAGUGAGCAAAUGGCUGAAGAGAGCUCCACGCUUCAUUUGAAAGAAGCCGAGGAUUACCAAGGUCGCUCAUUUCUUGUUCCACCAUCAUUCACCGGUGUCAAUCUCCGAGAGGACUACGUUCCCGAGCGAUGUUUCGUACCGAAAAAGCUUGUUCACACGUAUCGAGGACAUAACAAAGGUGUCAAUUUCCUUCAAUGGUUCCCGAAAAGUGCUCAUUUAUUCUUGUCAUGCUCAAUGGACACAAAAAUCAAAUUAUGGGAAGUAUAUGAUCGUCAGCGAGUUGUCAGAACAUACGCAGGCCAUAAGCUUCCUGUUCGUGAAGUUGCAUUUAAUAAUGAGGGUACAGAAUUCUUGUCAGCAUCUUUUGAUCGAUACGUGAAGCUUUGGGAUACUGAAACUGGACAAGUUAAGCAGAGAUUUCAUACUGGACACGUACCGUAUUGCUUGAAAUAUCAUCCAGAUGAUGAUAAGAAUCAUAUGUUUUUGGUUGGAAUGCAGAAUAAGAAGAUUAUUCAAUGGGAUUCAAGAUCUGGAGAAAUUGUUCAAGAAUACGAUCGUCACUUGCAGGCAGUCAAUUCUAUCACAUUUUUCGACAAGAAUCGUCGUUUCGCAUCCACUUCUGAUGAUAAAAGUGUCAGAAUUUGGGAAUGGGAGAUCCCAGUAGACACGAAACUUAUUCAAAAUGUUGGACUUCAUGCGAUUCCGACUAUGACAAAGAGUCCUAAUGAUAAAUGGGUUGUGGGACAAUGCAUGGACAAUCGGAUAGUCCUUUUCCAGCUUGUCGAUGAUAAGCUUCGAUUCUCAAAAAAGAAGGCUUUCAGAGGACACAAUGCGGCUGGAUAUGCGUGCAAUAUCGAUUUUUCGCCGGAUCAAAGUUUCCUAAUCUCUGGUGAUGCUGAUGGAAAAUUGUUUAUUUGGGAUUGGAGAACACACAAAAUUGUUGGAAAAUGGAAAGCUCAUGAUAGCACUUGUAUCGCAGCACUAUGGCAUCCACAUGAAAAAAGCCGAAUGAUUACUGCUGGAUGGGAUGGUCUCAUUAAAAUGUGGAAUUAAUUGUUGAUUUUUCCCUUUUUUCCCAAAAAAAAAUUAUUAUUUUCCCAAAUUUUGGCUCUUUUUCUCACGAGUUUUUGUCCCAUCUCUCACAUUUCCCUGUUCAUUAAAAAAAUUUUUUUUUUCGUAAUAAUGUUUUACUUUCUCCUGUUUCAAUUAUUUAUUUUGUAUCUUUGUUCAUUUAUUUGUUUUUUCUUCCAAUUUUAAACCCUAUUCUUACAGAACAUUUCCGACACACGGAAAUUGAUAAAAUUAUUUUUAUUUUUU